AUGGACGCAGGGUUUAUACGCCCAUGUCAGUACCCAGACUGGGUGGCCAAUGUAGUACUAGUGCCCAAGCCCAAUGGGACGUGGAGAAUGUGUGUCGAUUACACAGAUUUAAACAAAGCCUGCCCCAAAGACAGCUUUCCAUUACCAAAGAUAGAUCGCCUCGUCGAUUCGACAGCAGGGCAUGCUAUGAUGAGCUUUAUGGACGCCUACUCUAGAUUCCAUCAGAUUCCAUUAUGGCCUGAAGACCAGGAGAAGACAUCGUUUGUCACAGAGCAGGGUCUUUACUGUUACAAGGUGAUGUCGUUCGGCCUAAAAAAUGCACCAGCCACCUUCCAACGCUUAGUGAACACAGUUUUUGCAAAGCAGCUUGGAAGGAACAUAGAGGCUUAUAUUGAUGACAUGAUUAGGGAUGAAGUACAUCUACCCGUCUACUUCAUCAGCCAUAUGCUACAGAACGCCGAGCUUAAGUACCCUACUAUUGAAAAAUUCGGCUUUGCCCUAUUCUUGGCUAGUAAGAAGCUUCGCCUUUACUUCUUGGCCCACAGUCUGAUAGUAUACACAGAUCAACCUCUGAAACAGCCAUUUACCAAUCUGGAAGGGUCCGGGAGAAUGCUCAAUUGGGCAAUUGAACUCAAUGCAUUCGUUAUUUCAUAUGAGCCGCGGAAGGCAAUAAAGGGGCAGGCCUUUGCUGACUUUAUUGUGGAAAUGACUAGGCCAGCCCACUUGAAAAAUGACAAGACACAAUGGGUAGUCCGUGUGGAUGGGUCCGCUACCCAAAAUGGGUGUGGAGCCGGCAUCAUCUACGAAUCGCCAGAGGGGGACGUCUAUGAGUAUGCAAUGCGCUUCAACUUUCAGGCGUCAAACAAUGAAGCUGAGUAUGAGGCUUUAAUAUGUGGAAUUCAAAUGAGCAAAGCAGCCGGAGCAGCAGAGGUCUUGGUCUUAUCUGACUGA